CUGACGCACUCGAUGUUAAACUGCUCCAAAGUAAAAGGGUCGCCUCUACUUUUUUUAUUUUUAUUUUUUAGCAGAGACCGGAAAGUGGUCACGCAUUUAUCUCUGAAUGCCCACGGAACGGGACUGAUGUUUGGCAAAGACUGCUGCUCCUGCUGUAUACGGACCGGGCCGUGGAGGAGCCACAAAGCAAAGAGAGAGACAGCAGAAGCCAAACAGACGGCGCGCUCCGAAAAGGAAGGAGGGCAAAGCAGAACGCGCGCGCGCGCGUGUGUGUGUGCAGAGAAGCAGCGCCCUACAUCUGAAAGACUUCUGAGUUACUCUGUCGUUCAGGCUCCUUGCAUACUGUUUCUCACCCCGCAACUGGUAAAACCAAAGGGAACGCGCAGAGUGGCGCCACAUCUCCAUGCGUAAAUGGAGACCCGCCGGUGCAUAUUGGCUGUACUUCUUAUGCGUACAAUAUAUUAUGGUUGUCACUAACUCUCGUCCUGUCCCACGACCACACUGCUAUAGGUGCAUCAUAGACUUCCUCAUGCAUCAUAUCUACCAUGAGUGAUGGCGAUGCCUGCGGUAUCUGACAGUACCGGUGCGCAGAGCGCUCUUGAAAACACCUUCAGCGCACCGGAUCGCAAUGGGUACUCAAAAACACGUGUCAUCCCACUGUGCGCUGACCGAGAUUACGAGUCGUGGGUGAGGCUAAUGUUCUCAAAAAUACGGAGUUCCCACAGAAUCCGGAGUGUGGUGUGCGUGGGGUCGCUCUCGCUCUUGCUCGCUCUGUUGGUCAAAUGUGCAGACUGGAGAGCUGAAACCAGCAGCAGCGCCGACAACAGACUCUCGCAUACAUCGUCCCUCUUUCACUUGGUUUCGGGCUGCGCGGCGGAGCUGUUGCAAACUUGCUGGAGUGUCGUCCCCCCUCCGCUCACCCUCGCGUGUGCCUUCUUUUGGGUCGGCGUCUACUUAAUCCGCUGCGGAGUUCUGAUCCGGACCGUCGUCUCCCUCCUGACCCUGUGCCACCUGGGCGAGGCGGCGGCGCGGUCUCUCCUGGACGGGACAGAUGAGCGGCUGUUUUCGUUCGCGACAGCGGCCGUGGUCGUGCUGGUCUGCGUGGCCGCCGGCUCACUCAUGGUAGCGCGUCUGAAUCAGGGCAUAUCCGUGGUGGUUUUCAUUAGUCUCGUGAGGACCAUCUCGCUCUUCUCGCUGCACAAAGUGCGGGCCACUUGGAGACCGUACGUAGCGUACCUGGUCGGAGUGCUGGGCAUCCUGCUGGUGAGGUAUGCUGACAAGCUCCUUCCCAACCAAGGGAGACACAAGGAGGGCUGCACCCCCGUGACAGGAGCUAGGGAAGAUAUCCCUGUGUUUAAAAGGCGCAGGAGGUCCAGUUGUGUGGUAGCCUCAGACAUGGCACACAGUCAGUCCAACAGUAAGUCACGUCGCCGGACCUCUCUGCCAUGCAUCCAGAGGGACCAGAUGCUCCCCCGUUCGGAGUGGGACUACAAGAGAGGCUCCCGAGGAUCACAGUCAUCAGGCACCACUGUCAUGGUGGACAUAGCAGUGAUGGGAGAAGCCCACGGACUGAUCACAGACCUGCUGGCUGACCCCUCCCUGCCCCCCAACACCUGCACCUCGCUGCGGGCUGUGAGCAACCUGCUAACCACCCAGCUCACCUUCCAGUCGUUGCACCGCCCGCGCCCCGCUUCGCUGCUUAACCCCGGGGACGCCUACACCUUCUCCGACUCGGAGGAGGGACCAGAGAAAGGAGAGAAGACAUCCAUCCAUAAGCGCCUGAGGCGGAGUCUCCCCCCGGCUCUUCUGCGAAGGAUCUCGUCCACGUGGACCACUACCACCUCUGCCACGGGCCUGCCUACCAUCGAGCCUGGGCCUGUCCGAAGGGACCGCAGCGCCAGCAUCAAACCUUUCCAUGAAGCACUCACCUGCAGCUGUGGGAGACCAUACAUCAAACUGAGCCAUGGGGAGGGUUCUAUAGACAAGGGAGACAGGAUACCACGGUCAGCAGAGGAUCAAGCAGUGGUGUCAUCAGACUACGAGAGCACCCACGAAGCCAACCACAGUGACAGCAGUGAUGUAGCACACACAGAGGAGGACACAGAGGAAGGAAAGAAUCCUGGCCAGAAUGUCAUCCUCCACCCACUAAUACCUCCUGAGGACCAACCAAUUCUGGCUCCAGAGCCUUUAGUUAUGGAGGACUUGCAGCCUUUGAUGAGUCAGCUAACUAAUUGGAACUUCCCCAUCUUCAGCUUGAUGGAGAAAACCAACGGGAAAUGUGGACGGAUCCUUAGUCAGGUCUCCUACAGGCUCUUUGAAGACACUGGUCUGUUUGAGACCUUCAAGAUCCCUGUCAACGAAUUCAUGAACUAUUUCCAUGCCCUUGAGAAUGGUUACAGAGACAUACCAUAUCACAACCGGGUCCACGCCACAGAUGUGCUCCACGCAGUCUGGUACCUCACCACCCAGGCGGUGCCUGGUCUGCCCAGCCUCAUUACUGACCACAGCUCUGCCAGUGACUCAGACUCAGACAGUGGAAUAACACACAGCCGUGUGGGCUUCCUGGUUUCAAAGACCUACACUGUGUCAGAAGAUGGCUACGGAUGCCUGUCCGGCCUCAUACCUGCUCUGGAGCUGAUGGCCCUUUAUGUGGCGGCUGCGAUGCACGACUACGACCACCCGGGGCGAACCAACGCUUUCCUCGUGGCCACCAGCGCCCCACAGGCAGUGCUCUACAACGAUCGAUCCGUCCUGGAAAACCACCAUGCUGCCUCAGCUUGGAACCUCUUCAUGUCGCGGCCAGAGUACAACUUCCUCGUCAACCUGAACCACGGAGAGUUCAAGCGUUUCCGUUUCCUGGUCAUUGAGGCCAUAUUGGCCACUGAUCUGAAGAAGCACUUUGACUUCCUAGCUGAGUUCAACGCCAAGGUGGGUGAUGAUCCAUCCACGGGGAUUGAUUGGUCUAAUGAGAACGACAGGUUGCUGGUAUGCCAGAUGUGCAUUAAACUGGCUGACAUCAAUGGGCCUCUGAAGUGCAAAGACCUGCACCUGCAGUGGACCGAGGGCAUCGUCAACGAGUUCUAUGAACAGGGCGAUGAGGAGUCCAGUCUAGGCCUACCAAUCAGCCCCUUCAUGAACCGAGCAGCCCCACAGCUGGCCAAACUCCAAGAGUCCUUCAUCGCACACAUUGUGGGACCGCUGUGCAACUCCUACAACUCAGCCUCCCUCAUUCCGGGACGAUGGGUGGAGCCCAACCUGGAGGAGGAGGAGGAGCCAGAGAGUGCUGAGAAUGAGGUGGAGGAUGACGAUGAGGAUACUGCAGAGGAGGACACGUCCACCAGCUCAGAAGCGUCACAGAAAGGAACAUCCAAGAAGAGAAGGAAAGUCUUCUGCCAGAUCACCUACCACCUCCUGGAGAACCACGAGAUGUGGAAGAAGGUGAUCGCAGUGGAGGCCCAGCAACAGGGCCAAGGCGCAGAAUCUGUCCAUUUGAACAAUGUAGCCGAGCCAAUCCUGGCUAUUCAUGAGGAGGAAGAGGAGCCAGGCAGCCGAGAGGAGCUAGUAGAAGGAGAAGAUCUGGAGGAGGGGGAGGAGGAAUCCAAGUGGCCGGUUUCUCCACAGGAGGACUCUCAAACUCCAGUGGAACUAGCUAGAGAGGGAGACUCACAGUGAAACAGCCUGUUGGAAAUACGCCACCGGACAGGGCAAGGAUGUGAAGAAGUAUUUCUUGUUUUCUUAUCCUAUCAAAACUGACUCCUGGGUUCGCCAGCACUUCACUUAGACACAACACUGUAGAUGUUUGGAAAAUGUGUGCCUAUAAAGAAAAAAAAAAACAGGGUGGGAAAAUGUGUGCUUUACACAAUUUAUCUAAAUAUCUGGUUACACUGUACAACAGUACAACAGUUAAAAGAGAUUUUCAUUUUGCAAUACAGGAUUAUUUGUGUACUUUGGGAUACUGACUCUUUUGCUUCUGUCAAGAGAAGAGGAAAACUGCUUGCACAGACCUCAACCCAAUGUUGUAACACAGGACUGCAGAAAUUUGCUGCCAAUUUAUAUAUAAUUAUUUUCUGAAUGCAAUUCUAUAUAGACAUCAAAGUUACUUGUACUUGUUUUUCAAUUUUAGCAAGCGUUUUCGAGGUCUUACAUGGGCCUUAAUAUGUUUUCUUUUUCUAUAUGGGGAUUAUAAAGGGAGCCAAUCAAAAGAGGGACAUUGGUGUAUCUUUUAUUCCUUUCAACUUUCGCCAAAAUAAAUCACCCACCCAUAGAAUUUAGCAUCUGAAAUCAAAUGAUAGCACUUUUGUGUCUUACAUUUCUUUGCCAAGUUAACUACUUUUUCCAAUUUGGUGUAGCCAUAUUAUGUUAUAGUAGGACUCAAGGCUCCUUACACUCUGUAUUCAUGUGCUUGCGUGUGUCUGCAUGUUUAAAUUGUACUUCUGCAGAGGACAUGGAUGGAUUCAGCAGAUUAUUUCUGCCAUCUCUGGCCUCCAGCCCAGAGCUGAAUGUAGUGGUUAUUACAGGGUUAACUGUCUCAAAUAUAGUCCAGUAGAUAAGGUAACAGAGGGAUGUCGGAAAUGAAUCUGUGCUGAAUAUAAAACCAAAAAAGGAAGACAGUGCACAGAGCAUACAAUAAUACUACCAAAGUGUUAAGGGACAAACAACUGCAUUCACACAAAGAACCAGAAAGCAUGAUCUAUUCAACAAACGGGAUGUUCUUUGUAGGUGGCCAUAUAGAUUAACUAAUACACUGUCUUACUGUUCAUCUUUUUUGUGCAAUUUUUUACUCUCUGACUGUAUGUGGACCCAGUGUGCUGUAUCACAGUUUUUAUUUACUGGUUUUCAUUAUUUAAAAACCUUCAAAUGAUGCUGACCUUUAACCCUCAGGAAACACUCAACUGUUGAAAUUCAAAGUAGACAUCUGUACCACCUGUGAGAACAGCCAGUUACAGUUACGGUUACAAAUAUGCAGGGAUAGAAAGCUAGUUUUGCUCAUCAAAGGCUUAGAGCCUUUAUGCUACACCCUCUUUGACUAUUGUAACAUAUUUACAUCUAAACACGGUGCAUCUGGCUGAAUUCUUCUCCUGGCACCAGGAGACAUUGAUUCUCCCGGAGCUAAGAGCAGACAGGCAUCUAGAGUUCUUCUGCAAGUAAAAGCCCAAUCGGAUAAAUCCAAUCUGUUGCUGUAAUAAUACACAGAGAAGUCAACAUUAAUAAAAGUGUGUUGGUGCAAGGCUGACGGCUAAAACAAUUCUCAGAGGCUAAAUAUUGAAACUGUCGGAUUCCAGUUGAAAAUAUUGCUCUUAAUGAAUGGAUAUGCAUUAGUAAUGACGGGGAUGGCAGCAAUACGUCUUCUUUCAUUUGUCUUUUUUUUACCUUUAAAACAUCUAGUUUGUUAUUUGGAUGUUUCGUCACUGAUACUCCAUGUAAAUUCAUCCCAACAUUUGGCCCUAUAAUGUUGUGUCCCUUCACUUUUUUAUGGUGGAAUAAUUGCAUUGGUAGCGUAAUGUUAUUAUAGUCAGAGAUGAUUGUCCAUCUAAAAAAUGCAAAUCUUCGGGUCGUUUUUUUCUUAUCGCUUCAGGAUCACUGUGAUGAUAAAAAAGAAUGGAAAUGAGUAGGUUAGUUGCAGCAAUCGUCACUCCAGACAUUUAAUUGGUGAAAUCAAUGGAGCAAAGAGCUUUAUUGAAACGUUUCCAACAGAAUUUAAAACAUUGUUUCUAAAAACAUGACUUGUAUAUAAAACGUAUAAAAAAUAAUUUUACUGACUUGAAGUUGCAUGAUAUCCCCUACUUUCUACCGAGAAAAAGGUAAACCAAUUAAAUAACCAACUGCACCGUAGUAGACUGCAAAAUGUCUCUGAAGAAUUUCCCACUUUGCAUCAAUAAUUCACGUUCACAGAGAAAAAGUGUUCGAGGGACGCUGAGUAGAUCUUGACUUGAACAAGUAAUGUGCUCCUUGCCCAAUUGUCAGGUCAACUUUCUACCACACGCUAGAGUGCAGUGAGGCAACAUGUCAUGAAUUAUCCACUACCACCUCGUUGACUGAUGACCUACCCUUCAAUCUGAUGUGCGCAGGUGUCCCAUCUCAAACUGUACCACAUCUCUCAUACACAAUCAAAUUUCUUGAAACUAGAAAAGGUUGCGCAGCACACAAGUCAACCUGUGUGCAGGAUAUGAAAAAGCCUUCCUGUGGUGUAAAUUCAAACGGGUGUAGAGCACCACGCCCUUGGAACAACACGCGGCUCUCUGCUACGGUGCAACGGGGAGGAGGACAAACUCAGGAACUGCAGCUUUUAGGCCAAACAAGUUGAAUAUAAUUGGUUGAGCCACUGGUUAGAAAGGCACCAGACAGAGAAUCAGAUCAAACUCGAGGCGGCCGGUGAAACAGAACUUUUGUUUUUUUCUUCUGGUUUCUUGUGAUCUUGUGUUCAUUGUAUCUCAUAUACAAAAUUCCUCCUGUUUCCUCUUUGUUGCCGUAAUUCAUCCCUAAUGACUCAUUACAAAGACGACGAACACAUUUUUUUCAGCAUUUUGAAAAACCUGAUGAAAAACCCAUGUUAUAAACAUAAGCAAUUAAAUACAACACAGACUUCUUCACUAAAGUGGUCCAGAUUUGAACAUGUAUAUGACUACAUCAACUUAAACUGUUUAAACCUCCUGCUUUGUGAAUGUAAAAACUUUGUGUGUGUGUGCGUGGGAGAGAGAGGUGAGAGAGAGAGAGAAAGAGAGAGAGAUCAUUUAUGUCUGUAUGUAUGUAUUUUUUCCAUUGGCCUCUCUAAUGUGAUUUAUUUUACCCGUGUUUACUGUUGAGUAGAGGCUUACUAUCAAGUAGAGGUGGUGAAAUAAUGAAGGUAAAGUGAUGCAGAAAAUAGUUCUUCAAUUCUCCUCAGAUGAAUCUUCUGUUGAUAUUAGAAGGUCCACUAGCAUAUUUUUCCCUUGACCUGCAGAGUGUUGACUGGUAACCGCGGUGAUUCAUCACACGUCCCAUCACCUUAAAAGGUGAUGAGAUUCCAUCCACAGUGUUAGUUUGUUGGGGGUCGCUCUCAUUUUUAGUGAUGCUUCUGUCCGCUGUCCCAUUACUCUUGAGUUUGAACUGAUACAGUAUAUCAGUUUACAAUCGUGUAUUUUUCGUGUCUGAUAUGGUUUUGUUUCAUCGUCAUAUACUUAUUCACACAUUAAGCAUAAUUGUAACCAUGGGAACCAAACAAGCUUUACAAUUAUGUAAAACAAAAUAAGAUGAGUAUUUUUAUAUAGUUGACACAUGAUUUAAUAAUUGUUUUCUUCUCACUAGUACCUUGCACUUAUCACAAGUAAAAUGAUUUUCUUGCAGGUUGACGCUCCAUUUUGUACAAUAUACAUAUAUGCUGUACAGUAGAGAAAUUUUAAAAAUACAAAAACUCUUUUAGAUAUACAUUAUUUAUUUUUACCAUUUUGUAAUUUAGACACUAUACUGUAGCUUCAAUAUUGCCAGACUUACUGGAAGUGCCUAUAUUGGUAUUAUGUAUCAUACAGUGAAUAUAUUUGAAGAUCAUUAGAAGUUGUCACAAACUGAACCAUGUGGAUGUUGUAAUGUGAAUACAUUGAAUUACAAGACUAUAAUUUCUGUGGUA